AUGAAGCAAAUCGUUUGCCAGUUUCCUCCGAUACGAUUUGAAAAUGAAACAUUUGAGAAUUUAUUUGAAAAUUCAGAUUUGCAAUCAAAGGCAAAUGAAGCAAAACACAAUAUAAUCAUUCAAGUACCACCAAUCACUGACUUGAAUAUUAGUUCCUCUGAAAUAUCUCCAAGAUCAAAUUAUUUAUUGAAUACCUCAAGACAUUUUAAAUUAUGCUGUCAACGUUUUAAUACACCAUGUUCAGAAAAUACUUCUCCGAAGCAUCCAAGAUUGGCAGCUGAUGAAAAGACAAUCAAGUUAGAAGACAGACGACAACAGAAUCUGAUUGCUCAGAAAACAGCAGCUGAGAUCACUGUAGCACUUGGUUUAUGGAGAAGAAUACAUAAAAUGCAUCAACAGAUUGAAAGCAUUCAAAGAGCACAUGAAAAACGAGAACGUGUACGUGAAAUACGCCAGUGUCAUACACAAAGAAGUUGGGAGAAUAUUUUAAGACGCGGGAAAAGAAUAGCUUUAUUACAGAAACAAAGAAAUCGUGAGAAAAUGCAACUUGACAGACGAAAAAUGGAAAGAAUAAAGGCACAGAAUGAACAAAAUGAGAAAUUGAAGUCUAAUCGCGAACGCAUACGAACCAUAGGAAAUUAUCAUAAGCAGAUAAGAAAAAAUUACCAGUUAACUCAAAAUCAAAUGAAUCAUGAGAAACGAUUAUCAGAGCGAAAAACUUACAUUAGAGAGAAAUCUGAAGAACUUUUAAAUUUACAAACUCGAACACGUGAAAUCAGAUCCCGACUGAAUCAUGCUAGUGAAUCUGUUAAACAACAACAGCAUCAAUUGGCUACAGAAAUUCAAUGGAAUCAAAUAUGUGAUAAAUUAAACAUUGAAAAUCACCUACAAGAACGUAGAACAAAAGAGAUGGCAAAGAUUGUAGAGCACACGAAACAAUUGCGUAAUCAGAAGCUUGUAAAGAUUCCUAUAUUAGUUAAAUUGACUAAUUUAACGUUGAAUGAUAAAAGCUGA